UCUAUAAAUCUUCAAAAGUCCACAAUUUUCCCAAAACCAGACUUUCAUCCAAAACCAAACAACAAACAAUCAAUCAAAUAGCAGAAAGAAGCCCUCAGCCAGAGAAAGCAAGAAGAAAAGGAAGAACCUAAAGGAAGAAAAAGAAGAUGUGUUUGGUAUUUGUGUGCGAUGAAGAUCAAAGGGUAUUAUCGAGGCAACCAGCUCCAGGGGCAUGCCCCUUCUGCGGAGGAAUGAUCCAAGCCACCGACGUUGAAAGCCAAUGGCGGUUCUGUUUCCUCCCUCUUUACUGGAAAACCAAACGCAAGUUCUAUUGCACUAUGUGCACCAGACAACUCGUUAUGCAGUAGAAAAACACUGUAAUCUUACAGAAUCUGUUCUCUUUUUUCUAUGAUCUAUGAAGUUUAGAAAGUGGGGUUGACUUAUUUUUUCUUUGUUUUGUGAUUUUAAUCAGUGUUUGUGUAAAAUCUACUGCUGUAUGAAAUAGAGAUACCAUUACAUACCUUGAUUGCCUGGAAAUACUGAAUUGACCUCUCUUCUCCCUCGUUUCUCUUG